AUGGCACCAGCACUCAAGAGUCUAGUGGAACCGACGUUGGACAACACUGUCGGAGCUGCUUUUCUGGGCGUGGUAGGGGCGGGGUUCUUGUUUGGAGGCACGACCCUUCAGCUUGUCCGCUACUAUACCUCAUACCCCAAUGAUACGCGGUUGCACAAAGUUUCUGUUGGUGUGCUAUGGACGCUCGAUGCUUUUCACUUUGCAUUGGCGAUACAUUCGGUCUAUAUGUACGCGGUGACGGGAUUUGGCAAUCGUCUUGGCCUGAUGAAGAUUCAAUGGUCAAUUCAACUCCAAGUCGCUAUUAAUGUCAUCAUAAUUGUCAUGGUCCAUUCACUUUACGCACAUCGUGUUUGGAAGCUCAGUGGUUACCAUCGUGGUGUCCUUGGCUACAUAACGAUACUUGUGGUCGCAGGCGCUGCGGGAAUAGGCAUUGUCCUUGCUUAUAAAGUAUUCACUGUGAAACUGUACUCGGAAUUGGAUGGGAUCGCGUGGAUCAUCACAGCGGGACUCGGCACUUCAACAGCAAUCGACUUCUUUAUCACCGCUGCCAUGUGCUACUACCUGAGGAAGAGCCUUGGAAAUGGACCUCGCCUCAACUCGCGUAUCUCGGUGGUCACUCAGUACACCUUGAGCUCUGGUCUCUUGACGAGCGCCUGCUCCCUAUCCACGAUGUUCUGCUACAUCCUUCUUCCGAACACCUUCGUUUUCCUCGGUCUGGAGUUCCUGUUGACGAAAUUCUACGUCGGCUCCUUCCUCGCAAUGCUAAACGCCCGAGAGCGAACUCAGAACGAGCUCACAAGUCCUACAAGCGAGAAAGACAGCCACUUGACCAGCAUGCCCACUUUUAGGAAGAAAUACACGUCCAGCUUCUGGAGCCCUCCACCUCUCAGCCCGGUACCUCAGAUCUCAGAGCCGAUGCCCAUCCGAGCUCCUAUCAAGUGGCAUGUCUAUUCACCUUCAGAAGAAACCAAGGUUGGAAUCGCUGUCUAA